GGGGCGGGCGGCGCGGCCUCCGGCGCGGGGCAGCGGGGCCCGGAGAGGAGGGGAGGUGCGGGUGACCUUCAUCGCUCGGCUCGGCGCUUUCGGCCCCGGGUGGGUGGGAGGCGCGACGGCCGCCGCUCCGCGCCGCGGGUGUUCGGCGUUCCUCUGGGGCCGCGCCGGGAACGCGUUGGGCCGCCGCGCCGGACGGACCGGCGGGGCCUCCGCGGCGCUGCGCGGGGUCUGUUGGGGCCGCGCUGAUCCGUCCGCCCGCGGGUACUGAGGGGGCGUUACGCUGCGCUGUGCGCUGCUCCGUGUUCGGCUCGGGCUGACGCGGGGCCCGUACGGGGCGACCCCGCAGGAGGAGCCGCGCUGAGGGCGGUUGGCGCUGAGCGGGGGGUUCUGAAGACGAAUGCGUUCAUUUGGAGAGCGCCGCGCAGGUGCCGGGCUGUCCCGCGGGCCGCUGUCGGCUUUCCCACCGCGAAGGGCAGCGGUGCGGGAACGGCUCCAAAUCCACACGGCGCAGCGAUGGGCAUUUCGGAAACGUCGGUGGCACUGUGAGCGCAAAGCACGGAACGCAGCGCUCCGUGGCAGCCCGGCUUCUCCCCGCUGUGCGCUUCGGAGCCCCGUGCCGUCCUCACGCCGAGGUUUGGCGUGGAAGCCGUAAAGGAGACCCCGAGAGCGGUGCAGCUCCACAGGGGCACAGCUGGCGUGCCCGGCCGUGCUGCCCGCACAGCAGCGGGGCUGGGUGGUGAAUAGCCCUACUAACAAACACACACACAGCUCCAGCCCAGCAGGUACUGAUUUGAAGGCGUUAUCAUUGAUCAUUGCUGCCGCACCGCAGCGCUGUGUUUAUUUGCUUAUUUAAAAGCUAAUUCUGCUUUUUAUUGCAAGUGUAAGAAGUGAACGGCUCGAUGGUGUUCGCUGUAUUGCUCCACAGUAGGCAAGGAAAACGUGCUGUACAAUUAUGGAUGGGGAACGGGAGCGACACAGGAGGUGCAGAAGCAAAACCUGGGCUGGAAUGUGUAUCAUUCGCACAGCACGAGCACUGCAGCGAAGAGCUCACAGCCCACUGCUGUGCUGAGGUCCCACCUCGAAGGCCCCGCGGUGGCCGCGAUGUGUGUCUGCGUUCUGUGGUUUCGGGGGGUGCAGCACGAGGGCUGGGAGCUGACGUGUUGUUCCCUGAGCAGUGGAGCUCACGGAGGCUGCGUUCUGGGCAGUGUGUCCCACACGCAGCACUGUGUGCUCCAUGAUAACGCUGCUCCCCAGUGACGGUAUUCUCCGGUCCUGCAGCCUCGCAGCAGCGUUUCUCACGGCCCGGACCUUUGUCUGCCCUCUGCGGAGGCAGUGGAUGGUGCUGGGAUUGUCCUCAGAACUGUGUGACGGCAGCACAGCGCCGUGCAGUGACCCCCAUUGGGCUGUGUCUGUGUGGGGAUCCCCUCAGCUGCUCUGUGUGCAGACCCAGAGGGGCUCAUGGAGGUCCCAGGGUUUGCUCUGUGCGCUUUGAUCACCUUGCAGUGUUCUUCCUGGGGGGGUGCAAUGAAACUUGUCCAUCACGAUUAAUUUAUUUGGUUUUUUUUUUAAGUUACUUUAUUCUGAGUAACCAGAGAUGGAGGAGCAGCUCCUCUCUGGCAGCAAAGCCAGUCAUUACUUCGCCUAAAUCUGCUUCUCGUUGUCCUGGUAACAGUGAAUGCACGGCUGACUGAGCAGCUGCGGUGUGCUCUGAGCUGCUGCGGGGUGGGAUUCGGGCACGGGAUGGGGCUGAGAAGCAGGUUUGGCUUCACGUGGCGAUGGCUCCUUGUCCUGGGAGCUGGAGGUGUGGGAGAGGAGUGUGGGAGCUGUGGGUGAUGCUCAGCACAUAAAAACUAACCUGAAGUAGACAAUGAAAAACGUACCUUAAAUGUGAUUCUCUCUAAAGGUGGAAAAAUCCGGCUGGAACAUGUAAAUCUUCAUAGGCUGACCACGCCAGCGCCUUUUAUUCAACUGUUUGUUUCAGAAACAGAGCUGUGAUGUGCUCUGAGUGCCGCGGGGGUCUCAGUGUGGGUGGGGGUCUCAGUGCAUGUGGGGGCACAGAGCAGCACUGCCAUCACACGGCUCUGGGAGCGGCGGCGCAGGGACCCCAUGGGCUGCUCCCCACUGCCGGCUGUGGUAUGGGGGGUGCUGGGGAGCAGUCCCUGUGCCUUCCCCGCUCCCGGUCCAUGCGUGGCUGGAAGGCAGUUUGUUCUCCCGGUCUCCUUCAGGUCUGUGGAGCUCUUCCACCUGGCACCGGCUGAGCAGUGAUUACGUUCCUCUUCCUCGAGUGAAUGUCAGGAGCUCGUUAGAGGCCGCAGCACAGUGUCACUUCUCAGCACAGGCAGAUUGUUGGGUUCAGAAUCGGAGACAAACGUGCUGAUUUUAAUUGUCACCAAACCCAGCCUUGAUGCGCUGAUGAAAUUUCUCCUAGGUCUUCUUCUGCCCCUUCCAACCCAACCCAUUCUGCCGUUCCGUGAUGCUCUGUGUGCCCCGACUUCUCAUCCAGGGGCAUUUCUGAGGCUGUGUCGCUGUGCCAGCAGCCCCGUUGGGCAGGACGUUGUCUGGCUCCUAUAGCAGCGCUGCCAGUUUUACUCUGUUUUUUUUAUUGCAGUUGAGCAAAGUUUUAAACAAUCAUUGGGACGUUUGCAUAAAACGUAUUUUUAACUCACGCAGCGGUGGCCUUUGGAGCACCCGCGGGGAGCGACAGUCAGAGCUGUCCGACGUCUGCAUGUACCUUCAUUUCAUAAGGCUUGGUUAUUGCAGGCUGACUUCUCGAAACUUACUUUUACAGUCGGUGGUCUGUAUAUACAGUGAGCAAAAAAGGUAAAUAUCCUGCACCGUUAACUCUCAACGGGAGGAUGUGUGUGCACGGGGCAGUCCCAGCUGUAGGCAGAGAGUCCCUGCAGGGGAUGCAGUCCUUGUGUUUGGCUUUUGGAGUGUCAUCGUUGGGGCACAUCACAGCCACGGUGCUCUGGUUUCCCCACCUGUGGUCACUGUCCCCCCUCCCCAUCCCCUCUCUCUGGAUGCUCGGGUCGCUGCCCCCCCUGCUCUGUUGCUCCCCCAUCUCCUCGGUGGGCCGUGCUGGGCAGGGCAGGGAGAUCUGCAACCCUUAGAAAUCAGUAACAGAGGGGGUCCCAGGGAAGCGCCGAAUCUGAAAAUAAUGCCUCGGGCGAAGGCUGCUGACGCAGUCAACCAUUCCUGCCUGCUGGGCAGGACUGCAGCCCGUAUUCCUUCACGUGUAUUUCCAGUUCUUUCCCUCUCUUCCGAGUGCUGCCAUGUUCUCCCCAUUACUCCCUUCCUAUCUUCCCUUCCCCGCCACCGUUCCCAGUGCCCCCCCAGCACUAAUUGCACAAUGCAGUGAGGCGGUUGUGUCGCUGGCAACUAUCUAAAGAAAACAGACUGUGUUGCAUGGACACCUCCACGUCGGUAAACGCCGAGUGACGUCCGAGGCCCGGCGCUGCCUUUCCAGUCGUGGUGGAGUUUGCAGAAGCAUGGACAUCCGCAACAACCUGACCCGGCUGAGCCUGCUGGAGAACUGCACGGUGAUUGAGGGCCACCUGCAAAUACUGCUCAUGUUCAAAACCAAGCCCGAAGAUUUCCGCGAGCUCAGCUUCCCCAAACUGACUAUGAUUACAGACUAUUUGCUCCUGUUCCGUGUGUACGGCCUGGAGAGCUUAAAGGGCCUCUUCCCCAACCUCACGGUGAUCCGAGGAACCCACCUGUUCUUUAACUACGCGUUGGUCAUCUUUGAGAUGGUUCACCUGAAGGAGAUCGGCCUCUACAACCUGAUGAACAUCACGCGCGGCGCCGUGCGCAUCGAGAAGAACAACGAGCUGUGCUACCUGUCCACCAUCGACUGGUCGAGGAUUUUGGACUCCGUCGAGGACAACUACAUCAUCGCCAACAAGGAUGACAAGGAGGAGUGUGGAGAUGUGUGUCCAGGAACCGUGAAAGGGAAAAGCAACUGCCCGCCCACCGUCAUCAACGGUAUCUUCAUCGAGCGCUGCUGGACCCACGACCGCUGCCAGAGAGUUUGCCCACCCGCCUGCAAGUCCCAGGGCUGCACGUCGGACGGGCAGUGCUGUCACAGUGAGUGCCUCGGGGACUGCACGGAGCCCAACAACGCGGAGCGCUGCGUGGCGUGCCGCAACUUCUACCUGGACGGGACGUGCGUGGAGACGUGCCCACCCGGGCACUACCGCUUCGAGGGCUGGCGCUGCGUCACCUUCAGCUUCUGCCAGGAGCUGCACAACAAGUGCAAGAGCGCCCGCGAGUCGGGCUGCCACGUCAUCCACAACAACGAGUGUGUCCACGAGUGCCCAUCGGGGUACAUCAUGAAUUCCAGCAAUUUGCACUGCACUCCCUGUGCAGGGCCCUGUCCAAAGGUUUGUGACUAUGGGAAAGAGAAGACUAUCGAUUCGGUGACGUCGGCACAGGAGCUCCGUGGCUGCACAGUUGUUAAUGGGAGCUUGGUUAUAAAUAUCCGUGGAGGAAAUAACAUAGCAGCUGAGCUGGAAGCGAAUCUUGGCCUGAUAGAAGAAAUCUCAGGUUACCUAAAAAUCCGCCGGUCGUAUGCCUUGGUUUCUCUUUCUUUUUUCCGUAAACUGCAUCUGAUCAGAGGAGAAACGUUAGAAGCUGGAAAUUACUCAUUUUAUGCCUUGGACAACCAGAAUCUUCGCCAGCUCUGGGACUGGAGUAAACACAACCUCACGAUAGCACGAGGCAAACUCUUCUUCCAUUACAAUCCCAAACUGUGUUUGUCAGAAAUCCACAAGAUGGAGGAGAUCUCUGGGACUAAGGGGCGUCAGGAGAGGAACGACAUAGCCCUGAAGACAAACGGUGACCAAGCCUCAUGUGAAAACGAAUUGCUGAAGUUCUCUUCCAUUAGAACAAGUCAUGACAAGAUCCUGUUGAAGUGGGAGCCCUAUUGGCCUCCUGAUUUCCGUGACCUCCUGGGAUUUAUGCUCUUUUACAAAGAGGCUCCAUACCAAAACGUGACGGAGUUUGAUGGGCAGGAUGCCUGCGGCUCCAACAGCUGGACGGUCGUGGAUGUGGACCCACCACCGCGGUCCAACGAGCCCAAAGCCCAGGCCCAGCCAGGCUGGCUGCUGCGGGGCCUGAAGCCAUGGACACAGUAUGCUGUGUUUGUUAAAACUCUGGUCACCUUCUCAGAUGAACGAAGGACAUACGGUGCAAAGAGUGAGAUCAUCUACGUCCAGACCAACGCUACGGUUCCGUCAGUCCCAUUAGAUCCAAUUUCUGUUUCCAACUCUUCAUCCCAAAUCAUCCUGAAGUGGAAGCCGCCCUCGGAGCCCAAUGGUAACAUCACGCACUACCUGGUGUACUGGCAGCAGCAGGCAGAAGACAGUGAGCUUUAUGAACUCGAUUACUGCUUAAAGGGAUUAAAACUGCCCUCGAGGACGUGGUCUCCUCCUUUUGAAUCUGAAGACCCUCAGAAGUACAACCAAAGUGAAAGUGAGGACGUCAGUGGAGAGUGUUGUUCCUGUCCUAAAACCGACUCUCAGAUCCAGAAGGAGCUGGAGGAGUCUGCCUUCCGCAAGACCUUUGAGAACUACCUGCACAACGAGGUGUUCGUCCCCAGGCCAUCAAGGAAGAGAAGAGACCUGGGCUCCAUUGCCAAUGCCACCGUGGUGAUCCCCACCAUCCCGUCCUCUCCAAACUCUUCCGCAGCCGCAUCUGAGAGUGCAGAGGAGCAGAAGCCUUUUGAAAAAGUGAAGUUCAAGGAGUCCCUGGUGAUCUCCGGGCUGCGGCACUUCACGGGGUACCGCAUUGAGCUCCACGCGUGUAACCACGACGCGCAGGAAUCCCGGUGCAGCGUUGCAGCUUAUGUCAGUGCCAGGACCAUGCCGGAGGCUAAGGCAGAUGACAUCGUUGGUCCAGUCACCCAUGAACUGGUUGAAAAAAACACUGUGCAUUUGAAGUGGCAGGAGCCCAAGGAGCCGAAUGGCCUUAUUGUGCUGUACGAAGUGAAUUACGGCCGUCUGGGGGAAGCAGAGGAAGCGCACUUCUGCGUGUCCCGUAAGCACUUUGCCAGCGAGCAGGGCUGCAAACUGCGCGGGCUGCAGCCCGGGAACUACAGCGUGCGGAUCCGAGCGACGUCGCUGGCUGGGAACGGCUCCUGGACGGAGCCCACCUACUUCUAUGUGGCUGAUUACUUGAACGCUCAGCCUAAUAUUGCUGUUAUAAUUGUUCCGAUUAUUUUUGCCAUAAUCAUUGCUGGAAUUAUUGGAGCUGCUUACGUGCUCGUGAAAAAGAGACAAACUGAAGGACCAACGGGGCCACUCUACGCAUCCUCCAACCCCGAAUACCUCAGUGCCAGUGAUGUGUACGUUCCCGAUGAGUGGGAGGUGCCACGGGAAAAGAUCACUCUGCUCCGUGAGCUGGGCCAGGGCUCAUUUGGGAUGGUGUACGAGGGGAUCGCCAAGGACAUCGUGAAGGGAGAGCUGGAGACCCGCGUGGCUGUGAAAACGGUGAACGAAUCGGCCAGCCUGCGGGAGCGCAUUGAGUUCCUCAAUGAAGCCUCCGUGAUGAAAGGCUUCAGCUGCCACCACGUGGUUCGCCUCCUCGGGGUGGUCUCCAAGGGCCAACCCACACUGGUGGUCAUGGAGUUAAUGGCACAUGGAGACUUGAAAAGCUACCUACGCUCUCUGAGACCCGACGCUGAGAAUAACCCUGGUCGUCCACCACCAACACUGAGAGAAAUGAUCCAGAUGGCUGCAGAGAUCGCUGAUGGCAUGGCCUAUCUGAAUGCCAAGAAGUUUGUUCACAGAGACCUGGCAGCUCGGAACUGCAUGGUUGCAGAGGACUUCACUGUAAAGAUUGGAGACUUCGGCAUGACCAGAGAUAUCUACGAGACGGAUUAUUACCGAAAGGGCGGCAAAGGACUUCUGCCUGUGCGGUGGAUGGCGCCUGAAUCGCUGAAGGAUGGCGUAUUCACAACGUACUCAGAUGUGUGGUCAUUUGGUGUUGUCCUUUGGGAGAUAAGCAGCUUAGCAGAGCAGCCAUAUCAGGGACUCUCCAACGAACAGGUGCUGAAGUUUGUGAUGGAUGGAGGAUACCUGGAUCAGCCGGACAACUGCCCGGAGAGGCUGCACAACCUGAUGCAGAUGUGCUGGCAGUACAACCCCAAGAUGCGCCCCACCUUCAUUGAGGUCAUUGAGAUGCUGAAGGAGGAUUUGCACCCCAGCUUCCAGGAGGUUUCUUUCUUCUACAGCGAGGAGAACAAGCCUCUGGAAACAGAGGAGUAUGAGAUGGACUUCGAGAACAUGGAGAGCAUCCCCCUCGAUCCCUCCUCGUACACACAGAGGGACAAAGCCCUGGGGCGGGACAAUGGGCCCUCCAUGGCCCUAAAGGGGAACUACGAGGAGCACAUACCUUACACUCACAUGAACGGAGGCAAGAAGAACGGGCGGAUCCUCUCCAUGCCCAGGUCAAGUCCUUCCUAACGCCUCCUGUUGGCCCAAGGGUUGUGUCUGCUUUUCUCCCCUCCACAAAUCUCAGGACUCUUUGUUAUUGCUGCCACAGUGUAUGACACACAUCUACAAACUCUUCAGAUUUUUAAUCAUCUUAUGAUUAAUACUUUUUUUUUCCCUUUUUUGCCAAGUUGACUGGUUGUCAGUGGACUUAUCUGUGAACAUAAAUGGAAGAGGUUUCCAUGGCUGCUCUCCCUUCUGUAACCGUGGUUUCAAAACAGGAAGCGACCGUGUCAGUUCAGCUGAAGGAGGAGCAUCUGCGUGUGCCAACAGCCGGUAUCUGAGCUGCGGUGUAACGGUGCAGAACAAACCUCAGCGGGACAGAAACGUCUCCAGGAGAAUUCCAGGCUUCAGGCAUCCUUGUCACUACAGAGGAAGGGUUCAACACAGCGGUCGGACGCGCCAGAUCCUCAGAUUGACCAAGAGCUGCUGCUUUCCUACUUUUUCAAUGGGUUAAAGCCCAGGGGUGCGUGCGUGUGCGUGCGUGUGUGCAGUAUAUAUAUGUGGGGUGUAUCUGUAUAGCAAAAUAUACACUUCUUGUUUUUGUACAUAAGUUUUGUAUGUUCUCACGGAAGCUUUCCUCUUCUCGGAAGCGUGUGCUUCUUCUUCCCAUUUCCCCGGAGUGACCGAAUCCGACACAGAUUAUUUUUAUACCGAGGACUCGUGGGAGUUGCUUUUCUCUCAUUAAGAAAUGAGGAAAAUGUGCUGGGAGCCCAAGGAGCAGAAAUCUGAGAUUUAUGGGUCCUUUCAAGACCAAACGAAGUAGGAGCCCCCAGACCUGCGAUACCGUUUUCUGUCCUUACAGCAUCGAGUAUAUAUAUUGUUUGUUGUACCAUAUUUAAAAUGUCUUUAGUUUGAAUUUUAACUUCAUAUAAAUUAUUGACUGUUUAUGGUCCUUUCGAGGAGGGGAGAGUUCGGGGGAUUGUUUGGUCUUAAAGUGGUCCAAAGAUUUCAGAAGGAACUAAUUUUAGCCGGUUACCCUUUUAGGAGCUAUGAAGUACAUGUUAGGUUUAUACUUGACAGGGCUUUGUAAAACACUUUCAAGAUUUAUACAGUGCAGCGCAUCGGCCCCGGGCGCAGCGCUGCGGUGGAGCUGCGGUGGCUCUCGUUGGGCCGUGGGGCACCGCCGUGUGCUGCUGCUGCUGCUGCUCCUCGUGCCUCCCGUGGGCGCUGUGCCGGAGCUGGAGGGGCUGCAGGAGCCCCGUCCACAAAGGAGGCACGGAGGGGCAGAGCAGAGAGAGGGGGCUCUGCGUGGAGUGGGGCCGGGAUGGGGCUGAGCUCUCCCGCUGCCCACGCGUUUCCCCGGCCGUGCGUUGGCCGCCCCGUGCAGCCCUUUGGGAUGUCGACUUCCACCUGGAUGGACCGAGCUUUGUUCUGCUGCUGCUUGCAUGAAGGGCAGAGCUGAUGAGCACAAAGCGUCAGAAAAGAACCGCGAAACAAAACGGCUCUGGCUGUGAUGAGGAGCGUGCUGGCAGGAGAUGCUAACAGCGAGCAGUGAGGGUCACCAACAGAGAGCCCCACAGCCCAGCAGGGACACGGCGUGGGGUUGGGGCACUGCGAGCAUCCGUGUGCGGGCAGAGCCUCUGCUCCCCAACGGCCUCGUUUACAUUUCUUCUGCUUUACCACGCAGCGACUCCAGCAGCUCUGCGACACUGCAGGAAAGAAGACACAUUCUCACACUUUUCUAAGGAAGAGAAGUUUUUCUUACUAGAAUUUUUUUAUUUAUUUUAAUAUAUAGAACACUGUAAAAAAAAAAAAAAAAAAGCAGAAUCUGUUAAAGAAAACACGCAGAAUCUGUAAGUUUGUAUGGGUAGAAUUGGGGCAGGUGGACGCGGUGGGGUUGUUUUGUCCUGUUGUGGUGCAGUCUACCUCAGUGUUUCUUAAGGAUACUUUUAAUACUGCGCACCUCCAAACCUGUUCCGAUGGUGUGGGCUGGACCCGGCGAGGGUCAGGGAAACCAAUGUCAGCUGGUCCCGAUUCUGGGGCCGGAAGGGAACGGGUGGAGCAGCUCCAUCACUGCUGAUCGCUGUUCUGAGUCGUAGUGACCAAAGGAAACUGCUUCCAGCUCCGGAUGCACAGCAGCACGUUUGCAUCUGAUACUCUGAUAUCAUCUUCGUUCUGUUGCGAUUAGGAAAAAAACAAAAAACACUAAAAAAGACCCAUUUAAAUGGACGUUGUGGAUGGAGGGGCGGUGGCUGCCUGCAGUGAGCCCUCCCCGUGUGCCGUUGUUCUGACAUCUCAAAUCGCAGUGAUCUGAACUGCAGCAAUAGAGCACUGUCUGCAUGGGGCCUGCGCUGGCUCUGGCUCUGCAGCUCGGCUGGUAUCCGUUGGCUCUGAGCACACGCAGCACUCCGGUCACCCAAUGCAGGGCUGUGUGUUGGGCUUUGCAGGCGCGCUGUGCAGCUCACGUCGUCGUCUCCGCACUGAGAGCAGCAGUGGUUGGACCCAAUGCUGCGCAUGGCAGCCCCACUGCUGUCCUUCCUGCAUUGCUCCUGGCCAGGAGCACCGCGGGGCGCCCAACGGAGGAUAUCCUCAGCCACAGUGCUCCACCCUGACAGAAACAAACAGCCCCAGCGGUUGCCACUUGUGGCUGUAAAAGAUGAUGCUCAGCUGCGGAAUUAGGAAGAGCAAAGUCACGUCAUCACAGAGCCCGGCUCUGGGUUUGGGAAAACCCUCCGCUCCCAGCUGCCACGUGAGGCCCUCCCCGCACGGUGCAGGGCGCUCCGGGCCUGCCUGCAGUGCUGGUGUCACAGCACAGAGCUGCGCCUAUUGGGGAGCAGCCACGGCACUAUGGGAGCAGCGAGAGGUGCUGGAGCAGCCGCAGCAUUGCGGCUUUGAAGCCAGCCGAGCAGGAAGCCACAGCACUGCUUUGCUCUGCGCUGUCAGCGGGUGUUGUUGUGUGGGGCUGGAGAGGUCCCAGAAACAUUUGUGUUCCAUUCAGUGUCCGCCUCCUAAACGCCUCUUGCAAACCCGGUACUUCUCUUGCCGUACAGCGCAGCAUUGCAAAGCUCGUCUGCGAGGUUCAAAGCGCGUCGUGGCUGCUUGUAAAUACUGAUUGUGUUGUAAAAUAGAAGAGCUCAUCGUGUGAUAAUGCAAACCGUGUGCCAGCUCUGGGUUGGGAAACGUGGUAGGAAAUAGACCAAGCUGCAAGGAGGGUGUUCUGUGCUGCGCGCGUAGGGAAGAGGCUGCUCAGUGGUUGCUUAAGGGUACUCGAAAUUUGUGGGUAGUAGAUCUCUUUCCUCCUAAAUUUGUAUUAUAGUAAUGGGGCACUUUGCUUAAUUUUAGUUUUGUUGCAUUUAAUGUUGGUAUCUCUUUGGAAAAAGUUGCUUACUGUGUUACUGACCGAAGUGUGAUGGAGGAGAAUAGCAAACAGGAGCAGGAAGGGGCUGUGGCAGUCACCCCCGAGCCCCCAUGGUAGGGGCAGCUGAGGGCCCAUCACGUUCCCUUUGCCAUCGCUGUGAUGCAGAUCCGGACCCCGAGGUGCCCCGAGCCAUCACUGGCGGCAGCGAUACCCAAGAGUGGGCCUGGCACCUCGCAUGGAGUCAGGGAGGAGAAUGCCGUCGUGCACAGCACCCCGCUGUGCGCCGGGAUAGGGGCUCCCGAAUGGGUUGGGAGGUGAAAUUCACAGCAGGAUUCGUUCAGCAUUUGCGUGAACUGAAUGAAUUUGGCCUUUUUCUCACCUUCUGCUUGGCUCUGCGGCUCCGCUCAGACGGACGCCUGCAGGGAUGGGACUCCUCAGUGCCAUUUGGGGGCUGCCGGUUUUACCAGAUCUGCUGCCAUUCAACGUGCAUUUCUUUUUGAAAUGGAAUUGCUUGUCCUCCUCAAAAGUAAGCACUUACUCCUGCAGGUUCAGCAAAAUAACUGCAGCACAAUGCAAGCGAUGGGGGACGGGUCGAGGAAUGACUUUUUAAAUAUUGUAUAAUAAAGUUAGUAUUAACUCUA